AGGAGGAAGUGGAAGAAGGAGGUGUAGCAGGACAAGGUUCCCACUUUCAACAGUCACUGAGUCGCUUUGAUGGCGAUUCAUCAGCUCAGAGCGAACAUGUUUGACUCAUCAGACACUCUUCCCCUUCAGACGAAAGCAGUGAGAGGAGCGUGAGGAGACAGAAGAAGAUGUGCUGCUGCUGCUGGGUUUCAGUUCAUCCAGUCAAGAAGUCACAGAGCUGCUUUAGGAGGACAUCUUUGUUUUUUAAGAGGAAUCUGUUCCUGAGCACUUUUGUCAAGCUCAACUUGCUAACUGGGCCAAUGUUGUUAUGAGCGGGCUUGAAGACGACUAUUUGGAGCAAGGAGAAACAGUGCCAACCAAGGAUGUCGGACGCCAUUUGAACAAAGAUGAAGUUUGGAAGCAGUCUGUGCACUCUCAACGUUGGCGGCCGCAGGUUUUCUUUCUCGGUGGAGCUGAUGAAGCACCUCCCGCUGAGCAGACUGAGCCGCCUUUACCGCUGUGUGUCGGAGAGCGAGUUGUUGGAGCUCUGCGACGACUACGACCGUGACAGAAACGAGUUUUUCUUCGACCGGCAUUCUGAGGCGUUCAGCUUCAUUAUGCUGUACCUGCAACAUGGCAAGUUGCGCUUUGUGCCGCACAUGUGUGAGUUGUCCUUCUAUAACGAGAUGCUCUAUUGGGGCCUUGAGAGUGCAGACCUUCAAGUGUGCUGCCAGCGGCGGCUGGACGAACGUCUGUCAGACUGCUUUGUUCACUUCUUCCCCGAAGAGGAGCCACAGGGCCCUGAAGAGCCUCGAGAUCGUUGGCUGGAGAGGAUGAGGAGGACGUUUGAGGAGCCCACGUCCUCCUUGGCGGCACAAAUCCUGGCCUUUGUGUCUGUGGUGUUUGUCCUCAUUUCUAUGGUGAUGCUGUGUGCAAGCACCUUACCAGAGUGGAAGGCUGCUGAGACACUGGAUGAACACAGGAUCAUCGAGGCGGUGUGUAUCGGUUGGUUCACCGCUGAGUGUAUUGUCCGUUUCAUCGUGUCCCGGGACAAAUGUGAGUUUGUGCGCCGGCCACUAAACAUCAUCGACCUGCUGGCCAUCACUCCUUAUUAUGUCUCUGUGACUGUGACACACCUGACGGGCGAGAACUCUCAGCUCCAGCGGGCGGGCGUGACGCUGCGCGUGCUACGCAUCAUGAGGAUCUUCUGGGUGAUCAAGCUCGCACGUCACUUCCUCGGCCUGCAAACCCUCGGCCUGACGCUGCGUCGUUGCUAUCGCGAGAUGGUCAUGCUUCUCGUAUUCAUCUUUGUGGCCAUGGCCAUUUUUAGUGCUUUGGCCCAACUUCUAGAAGGAGGCAAUCAGGACUACACCAGUAUCCCCGCUGCAAGCUGGUGGGUCAUCAUCUCCAUGACGACAGUGGGCUAUGGAGACAUGUACCCAGUGACCGUGGCAGGUCGCGUGCUGGGCGGGUUGUGUGUGGUGAGUGGAAUCGUGCUUCUAGCGCUGCCAAUCACCUUCAUCUACCAUAGCUUUGUGCAGUGCUACCAUGAGCUGAAGGUGCGCUCAGCCAGGUGCAUGCGCAGUUUGUCAACGGACUUCAUUGACUGAAGCACACGUUCACAAGCACCACCCCCAACAUGAAGUAUGAAUUUUGACUGGGGGCAGCUGGACAUGCGACAGGUAAAAAAAUUGGCUAUCAAAAUGGUUUUGGAUUGAAGUCAGAUCUGUAAGGAUUUUUUAAUAUUUAUUUAGUUCAGAAGUCUUCAACAGAGGGACUGUGACCCCUAAGGGGUCCGCAGGGGUAAUGCAGGAAGCUUGUGAAAUUUUUGGUGGGUUAGUCGUUUUUUUCAAUAGUUUAUUAUAUUCCCUCCGCAAUUUUUCCACAAAUUGAAAUGUUUUCAAAUACACAUGAAAUAUACAUUUGUAGAGUAGUUUAGAAACAGCAUGAAUAAAUACAGUGGAACCUUCAUUUACAAACGUCUCUAUGUUUACGAACCUUUACAUCAAAUAUGCCUCUUUGUGCGAACUUUGUCUCGACGUACGAACACUUCAUUCAUUCACUUUUCAAAUUUUGUUGUAAUCAGACAAUAUUUUUGUUAUAUUAGAUGGAAUUUUAACCUGACAUGUUUUCAUACUUGUUGGUUACAACUAGGGCUGGGCGAUAUAUCGCGGGUUUGUCUCUGUGCGAUAUAGAAAAUGACUUUAUCGUGAUAUCGAGUAUACGUUCUCACGCAGUUGCUUUUAGCUGCGGGCAUUACACUACAGGCUCUCCUCGCUCUCUCCUUCUCACAAACAGACAAGCGCACCUUCUUACACACGUCACAUACUGUCACGACAUACGUCACAUACUGUACGUAUACGCCCUCCCCAAGCAGAAAGGUAGCAGCAUGACCAACGUUAGCUGUGAUGCUGGCGGAGUGGUGCGAGUGCUAAUACAAGAGAAAGAAGGUGCGAAUCUGUAAACAAAUGGAGGAAUAAUUAAUUCCCCGAAAAAACAGCAGGGGGUCCAUCGUCUGGCGGUGGUUUGGUUUCAAGUGGGAAUAUGUCAAACAGACAACCGUAAUUUGUCAAGUGUGGGGCAAAAGCGUUGCUAUAAAAAGUAGCAUUACUGCUGUAACAAACAGUUCAGGGUGUCCCAAGUUACCGGAGUGUGUUAGUAAGGAGGAGGAGUUUUGUCCCUCCAGAGUUGCCGUAGGGCUGUGACGUAGGGGGUGUGUGGUUGUGGAAGGAGGUGUGUGAUGUUGACAUUAAAGAAGCGGUGGCUA